AUGGCACAAAGCUUACGAUUGCACUUUGCAGCCAGAAGAAGCAAUACUUACCCUUUGUCAGAAACCUCCGGAGAUGAUUUGGAUAGCAGUGCUCACAUGUGCUUCAAGAGACCAACGCGGAUUUCAGCGUCUAACGUGGUUCAAAUGAAGCUGACUUCCAGACAGACUGCACUCGCGCCUUUGAUAAAGGAAAACGUUCAGUCUCAUGAAAGAUCGUCUGUCUCAUCCUCUGAAAAUGUUAGCGAAAAGAGCAGCUGCCUACAGAUUUCACUACAGCCAACAAGGUACAGUGGGCGUCUUCAACCUCGCAGUGCCUUGACCGAUGGGGAUGAAGCUUCCCUUCCUUGUGUCUUGAAGGAAGGCGUUGAUAGCAAUACUGUGGUUGAUAAUGAACUGAAUUCUGUGAACGAUGGUAACCUUUCUGCCGUUUGUGGUAACUUUCCGACCAGUGAUAACGGAUCCGAUAGCAGCAACGGUAGUGAUUAUGGGUCAUGCACAAGUAUCACAAGUGGAGGUUCGUACACUAACAGUGUCAUCAGCGACAGCAGCAGUUGUACUUUCCCACCAAGUGACGAUCCUGGCAUUGGUGGGAACUUACCUUCUGAGACCACCUCCAACCGGAGUAUGCCCAACAGGAAUACUGCCCCGGAUGAAGUUUUCCCAAGAAGUACAAGUACCGUUCCCUUUGUCCAGGAUGACCUGGAGCAUGGGCUUGACAUGAAGUGUCCAGUGAGCAGGAACUCAAAAGUUCCACUGAAACGGUGUUCAUCCUUGGUCAUUUUCCCUAGGAGUCCUUCAAAUACCCCACCGAGGUCUCCAGCAGGUACAGGUGCUCUUUCAAGCAAAGGAUCCUUUCAGACGUCACACCAGUUCAUCAUUUCCCCCAGUGAGAGUGUGCACAGUGAAGACGGGACUAGUGCGAAGGGAUUCCUCUCCACAGCUGUCAAUGGACUUCGGUUAUCGAAAACGAUCUGUUCUCCUGGAGAAGUAAGGGACAUAAGGCCACUUCACAGGAAGGGCUCAUUACAGAAGAAAAUCGUUCUUUCCAAUAACUGUCCACACCAGACUGUCUGUGACAAGGCACCUGAAGGAUAUGCUUGUGUGUCAGUGCAUUUCACCCAGCAGAAAGCAACUACCUUCGAUUGUGAAACAGCAAGCGGUGACUGUCAACCAGAGAUGUCAGACAUGAAGCUUCAUGCUAAUUCAGAGUGUGUUCAGCGUAGGCAUAGGGCAUCUGCAUGUUUGCCAUCCAACUCAAAUAGAGAUUAUCAAAUAAAUAUCAGCAGACCAAAUUCACAGAUUAGCAAAAGCCAGGGCAUUUUGCAAAGAAGUCUGUCACUGGGAGGAACGUAUCCAAAUGUUUCCUGUUUAUCCAGCCUUAAGCACAGUUGUUCUAAGGGGGGACCAUCUCAAUUGCUCAUAAAGUUUGCACCUGGAAAUGAAGGUAAAGUUAGUCAUUUAUCAAGAGACAACAACAGAGAUUUCACAAAUGAACUAUCCAGUUCUUUGAAGCAGUCUCAAAAGCCUGGCUGGGUUGUUUUGGACCAACCUGAUGCUGCUUGCCAUUUGCAGCAGCAACAAGAACCUUCUCCUCUACCUCCAGGAUGGGAAGAGAGGCAGGAUGUCCUUGGAAGGACCUACUACGUAAACCACGAGUCUAGACGAACGCAGUGGAAAAGACCAAGCCCGCAGGACAGCCUAACAGAUGCUGAGAACGGUAGCAUUCAGCUGCAGGCACAACGCGCAUUUACCACCAGGCACCAAAUAUCCGAGGAAGCAGAGAGUGUUGACCAACGAGAGUCUGCUGAGCACUGGGAAAUAAUAGGAGAAGACGAAGCUACCACGUACAGCAAUCAGGCCUUCCUGUCACCGCCAUCAGCACAUAACAUGGAUGUUCAGACGUACCUUGCAGAAGAAUUGAAUGCCAGGCUUACUUGUGGAAAUUCAGCCACCAGUCCGCCAGUACCCAGCUCAAAUCAUUCCAGCAGAAGAGGCAGCUUACAAGCCUAUACUUUUGAGGAACAGCCUACACUUCCUGUGCUUUUGCCUACUUCAUCUGGAUUACCACCAGGUUGGGAAAUAAAACAAGAUGAAAGAGGAAGAUCCUAUUAUGUAGAUCACAAUUCCAGAACUACUACCUGGACAAAGCCCACCACGCAGGCCGCGACGGAGACCGGUCAGCUGCCAUCGAGCCAGAGCUCUCCUGCAUGUCCGCAGCCACAGGCCCCCCCGGGUGACUCAGCGCAGCCGGUGACCCAGCCUCCUUCUGAACUGGAGCAGAGAUUCCUUCCUAAGGGCUGGGAAGUCCGACAUGCACCGAAUGGACGGCCUUUCUUUAUUGACCACAACACGAAAACGACCACCUGGGAAGCUCCAAGAUGGAACAUUCCAGCUCAUUUGAGAGGAAAGACAUCCCUUGAUGCUCCUAGUGAUCUGGGCCCUCUACCUCCAGGAUGGGAAGAGAGAACUCACACAGAUGGAAGAAUCGUCUAUAUAAAUCACAAUAUCAAGAGAACUCAGUGGGAGGAUCCUCGGUUGCAGAAUGUAGCGAUCACUGGACCAGCAGUGCCCUAUUCCAGGGAUUACAAACGAAAAUAUGAGUUCUUCCGACGAAAGUUGAGGAAGCAGAAUGACAUUCCAAAUAAAUUUGAAAUGAAACUUCGCCGGGCCACUGUUCUUGAGGAUUCUUACAGAAGAAUUAUGGCUGUCAAGAGAGCAGACUUCCUCAAGGCUAGGCUGUGGAUUGAGUUUGAUGGGGAAAAGGGAUUGGAUUAUGGAGGCGUCGCCAGAGAAUGGUUCUUCCUGAUCUCAAAAGAGAUGUUUAACCCUUACUAUGGGCUCUUUGAAUAUUCUGCUACGGAUAAUUAUACCCUACAGAUAAAUCCCAACUCUGGGUUAUGCAAUGAAGAUCACCUCUCUUACUUCAAGUUUAUAGGCCGAGUAGCUGGAAUGGCAGUUCAUCAUGGCAAACUGUUAGAUGGUUUCUUCAUCCGGCCGUUUUACAAGAUGAUGCUACAGAAACCCAUAACACUUCAUGACAUGGAGUCUGUGGAUAGUGAAUAUUACAAUUCCCUAAGAUGGAUUCUCGAAAAUGACCCAACGGAGCUGGACCUGAGAUUUAUCAUCGAUGAAGAACUUUUUGGACAGACACAUCAACAUGAGUUGAAAAGUGGUGGAUCAGAAAUAGUUGUCACCAAUAAGAACAAAAAAGAAUAUAUUUAUCUUGUAAUACAAUGGCGAUUUGUAAACCGAAUCCAGAAGCAAAUGGCUGCUUUUAAAGAGGGGUUUUUUGAACUAAUACCACAGGAUCUCAUCAAAAUUUUUGAUGAAAACGAACUGGAGCUUCUCAUGUGUGGCUUGGGAGACGUCGACGUGAAUGACUGGCAAGAGCACACCAAGUAUAAAAACGGCUAUAGCGCCAACCAUCAAGUCAUACAGUGGUUUUGGAAGGCUGUGUUAAUGAUGGACUCGGAAAAGAGGAUAAGAUUGCUUCAGUUUGUCACGGGCACCUCCCGUGUGCCUAUGAACGGAUUUGGUGAACUCUAUGGCUCCAACGGACCACAGUCUUUCACGGUUGAGCAGUGGGGUACCCCGGAAAAGCUGCCAAGAGCGCACACCUGCUUUAAUCGCCUGGACUUGCCACCGUAUGAAUCAUUUGAAGAGUUAUGGGAUAAACUGCAGCUGGCGAUUGAGAAUACUCAGGGUUUUGAUGGGGUUGAUUAGAUUACAAAUGACAGUCUACAAUAGUGCGCUGACGCAAUACUUUAUACACCGACUCUUGGCUUAAAUUACCCAGGAAACUACUAAAAACUUGGCCAUUGAUCAAGUAUCUUCUCAGACACUUGAGACAACCAUCGAUAAAUAAGCAUUAGGAGCCAUGCUAUGACAACUAUUAGUUCAAUCACUUACGAAGGUAUUUGCGUUGGCCCGGUUGUUUCCUUUUAUCUUUUGAGUUCACACGCCAGGGCCUUGUCCUGUGUGCCUGAAGUAGUGAGUUGUGUUCUCAACACUUACCUCUUUUACAGUAUUUUCAAGGCAGUUCUUUCUUAAACUACUGAAAUUAUCACUGUGAAAUAUUUGUGACAAGUGUUGUGUGUGAAAAGUCGGAUGCUCUUUGAGGAGGAAGACUGACUGUUGGGGGAGAGUAAUUUAAUAUUGAGUAAAUGACAAUAUACCUAGUGCUGCUUGAAGCCACUUAUCAUUGUGUAGACUCGCCUAAUGCACCUUACUGCCCAGGUAUUCGGGAAAACCUUGUCAAGUGUGUUACCUAUAUCUUUAGUCAACUGACUCACUUUCAAAAAAAAUUCUUUUUGUUUACUUCUUCAUCUUAAAAGUAUUUGUCUUUGGUUAAUAACCCGUUUUGAUCAGUGAGGUGAUUCACAAGGCAGGUGAAGCAAAUUCAAAACUGCAGUGAGUUGAAAGUAUUAAAGCCUUUCUCUGGCCUUAUAUAGGCUCAAUGGAAGAGCCAUCACGUUUUUAACGUUUCCUUGUGGAUCGAAGAAUUCCUUCUUCCAAAAUUAGACGAAAUCUCACAAAACAGUAUUUCUAAGUAUGCUUUAAAGAGUUGCGCGUAAUGUACAGUACUUGCCCUGACAAGUCAUUCUUAUACUUGCACAGUCACGUAGUCAAUAUAUGUUUACAGGAUUUAUUACGUUUACAGAUGAAGCCCAUUUCUGUAGUUGCUUUUUUAUAUUUUUAUUACUUCACUCUAGUAAAAAGAAAAGUUAAAAACAACCAAAGAGUAGCUAUAAUGCGUAAUUUGUAUGGAAUUUAUUACCAUGUUUCUUAUGAUUUGUAAAAAUACUGUUUACUGUGGAAAUGAUAUUUUACUAUCAAUCAAAAACUCUAGCAAAAUGC